AGGUGUACUAUAAAUAUUGCAAUAACAACCACAAGUAAAAUUUCGAAUAACUACAGGGUGCGCCAUUUCGAGCUUCGGUAUGGAAAUAUUGAAUAACUUUAACAUUUCUCAACUGAUCGGCUUGGGUAGACAUGUUUUGUAAGCGUCAAUUCAGUACAAUUUUAACCAUGAACAACCUAACACCGAAAGAACGCGCCGAAAUAGUGACGCUGUACAUUGAAAACAAUCGUUCAGUUGUGUUAACUCAACGAGCAUACCGUCGAAAAUAUCGUGAUCGAAAAGCGCCUUCCAACAACACUAUUCUUAGUUUAGCCACAAAUUGUUUUGAGCACGGGUCAGUGGCUAAUCGUGGACACAUUCGUCAACGCCCAAGACGUUCCAAUGAGGUUAUUGAAUCUGUAAGGGAGAGUGUUGCCGAAAAUCCAAAUGUCUCGUAUCGCCACCGAUUUCAGCAGUUAAACGCCAGUGGAACUACUUUGAGACGAAUUUUGAAGGACAAUCUUCACUUGUUUCUGUACAAAGUGCAAUUGACUCAAAGAAUAUUGCCCACAGACAAGCAGCGUCGGUUGGAUUACCGUAAUAACGUCAUUCGAAUGGUUGAAAGUGUGCCGGAUUUUUGGAAGCAAAUUUGGAUGACCGACGAGGCGCAUUUCACACUCUCUGGUGGUGUUAACAAACAAAAUUGUCGUAUCUGGGGGCCAGAAAAUCCUCACCAAAUUCAUGAAACACCAUUGCACGAUCAGAAAAUGACCGUUCGGGCGGCGUCUGCUCGCAAACCAUCAUUGGGCCAUUUUUCUUCAAAGUUGGGGAGACAGUCGAUGGUAAUUAAUCGACAUCGGUGGAUGUUGGCACACUUUGUGUGUCCGCAAAUGUGUGAAAACGUCUACAAUGAGAUUUCAAAGCGUAAGAUUAAAGAAAUUGAUCAAUCAGUCGAAUGUGAGGAGAAUAAUCGACUGUGA